GGAGCGCGCGGGAGCGCACGGCGGGGCGCGGCCGACGCUGGGACGCAGCGCACCGAGGGACGCGGCCGGGCGCCCAUGGCGUUCGCGCUGCUGCGCCCCGUCGGCGCGCACGUGCUGUACCCGGACGUGCGGCUGCUGAGCGAGGACGAGGAGAACCGCAGCGAGAGCGACGCCUCCGACCAGUCAUUCGGCUGCUGCGAGGGCCUGGAGGCGGCACGGCGCGGCCCGGGCCCCGGGGGCGGUCGGCGGCCGGCUGGCGGCGCGGGCCCAGUGGUGGUGGUGCGACAGCGGCAGGCGGCCAACGCGCGGGAGCGGGACCGCACGCAGAGCGUGAACACGGCCUUCACGGCGUUGCGCACGCUCAUCCCCACCGAGCCGGUGGACCGCAAGCUGUCCAAGAUCGAGACGCUGCGCCUGGCGUCCAGCUACAUCGCGCACCUGGCCAACGUGCUGCUGCUGGGCGACGCGGCAGACGACGGGCAGCCGUGCUUCCGAGCGGCGGGCAGUGCCAAGAGCGCGGUCCCCGCCGCCCCCGACGGCGGCCGCCAGCCGCGUUCCAUCUGCACCUUCUGCCUCAGCAACCAGCGCAAGGGGGGUAGCCGUCGUGACCUGGGGGGCAGCUGCUUGAAGGUGAGGGGGGUGGCCCCAGUUCGAGUGCCUCGGAGAUGAGCCUGGACCCCUGUGUCAUUUGCUCCAAGUAGGACCCUGAGAAGGAGGCCAGAGGCCAGCCACUGGGUGAACAGAGGAGAAGACACCAGAAGCCAAACCUGGUCCCUUCUUUGUGGACCAGAGGACAAUGGCCUGGGCCCAUGACCCUCUGAGCAGGCCCCCUGGGACGUCUGCUCCCCACCCUAGAGAGCCGUGAGGACCCGUCCAGCCGGCCCCAGCCCUGGCUGGUCAGGGACAAGGCAGAACUUUUGGAAAAACAAAGACUGUUGGUGACAGAGGAUGUGUGCGUGUCUGAGCAUGAGUGUGAGUGUGUGUGUGAGAGAGAGAAUUGAUGGGUUUAAAAUAAAAGGUAUUUUUAAGUAAAA